AGCACUAUCACGUACAGUUUUGACUGUAUUUUGUGGCGGUCAGUCGACAUGGAUCCACGCCCGUAUGUAAGGUUCGUCUACUCUGCGCUUCUAUGUAUUUAUUGGACUGAACGGAUGAGUUCGCCUUUACCGUAUGUUAAUGGUCUAUCUCUGUCCAUCACUUCUAACACCACAACGUUCAUCGAGAACCAAUCACCUGCUCUGUUCUUCUGUAACGUUUCGGGUCUCAAUAGUUUAUUUAUCUACAGGUGGUUUAUUGGUAGUACAAAAGUGAGCAACGGGAAUGUUAGCACACUCGUGUAUGCUCCGAAAAGACGAGACUUUGAUGUUCGAAUCGAAUGCAGCGUCUCUGGAAGCCAAGAUAAAUCAAAGAACGCUACGUACGGACCGCUGGAAAUAAAAUAUCCUCCGUCUUCCACUCGUAUUUGCGCGAUGCAAGAAGGCGACUGCGUCGACAGUCCCGCACCGAUUCCACCAGGAGACUCCUUGACCGUCAUUUGCACGGCCCUGGAUUCAAAUCCUGAAAGUCACGUGGACCUGCAGGUCAAGGGUCAACGAGAUGGUUACAAGGUGUUGCACGACGGGAACGUAACACUAGUAGAACGUAGUGAUCAGACGAAGUAUGGGUGGAACACCGAGGCCUCCGUAGAAAUACAGCCGGAGUGCGGACCGUGUGUUGUUGUCGUCGAAUGUCACGUGAUGUUUCUUGAGAAUAUCAGCUACAGGGAGGAACAACUUUGCAUACAUGUUCAACAAAAACAAACAGUUUUACCCACUAGAGAUCCCAAAGAGUCACCAGUUAUAUCAUGGAUAACACCAACCAUCUCUUCAUGUAGUGCACUUGUCGUAGUCUUUGUUGUUGUUUUCUUGUGGUGUAUCAUUGCAAAGAGAAGAAGAAGAAGAGAUGAACACCGAGUGACGAAACGUCAAACUGUAGACAUGAGGCUGUCAACUGACAUGAUUUCUACCCCACAAAGGCUGGACCACCCCCAAUCAAGCAGUAGGCCAACUGGUACCUUUACUCCCCCUGAUGUUCGUCCAGCACUCGCGGACUCCAAGCUUGAAUUUCCGCGGCACAGACUGACGCUCCAAGCGGAGCUAGGGGAAGGGCAGUUCGGCGAGGUCCUCAAGGCAGUGGCUCACGGGAUUCUCCGGGAUGGGGUUGACACAACAGUUGCCGUUAAAACCAUGAAAGGCCGGGGAAAUUUUUCAACUGUGGCCGAUUUUAUGAACGAACUACAAAUAUUCCAGUCACUCCAAUCUCACCCCUACGUUGUGUCAAUUCUGGGUUGCUGCACAAGAGUAGAACCGUUCUACAUGAUAAUGGAGUUCGUUCCCAACGGAUCACUGGAGGCGUUCCUUAAACGUAAACGUAAAGCCUGGUGCAUGCAACCACCUGAGACCAGGCGUGGGAAAGAGGCAGUGAGCGCAGCACUUCUACUCACGUUCGCCUUCCAAGUUGCUAACGGUAUGGAGUAUAUAGCAUCUAAACAUUUGAUUCAUCGCGAUCUCGCAGCACGCAACGUUCUCCUAGCCGAGGGUUUGGUGUGCAAAUUGUGUGAUUUCGGUUUGGCGCGUGACGUCACGGAAUCUAAUGACGUAUACAGUAUGGUGUCGGGGGGUGCAGUUCCUGUUCGCUGGUUGGCUCUGGAGUGCCUCUUGAACGAUAGGUACACAACAAAGAGUGACGUAUGGUCUUUCGGGGUUCUUUUAUGGGAACUCGUCACUUUAGGUGCCAUGCCAUUUCCAGACAAAUCAACAGUUGCCAUUAUCGACUACCUUAAAAGCGGUACAAGACUGACUAAGCCGAUACACUGCGGGGAACAUCUGUAUCGCAUUAUGACGUCAUGCUGGAAUGAUACACCCAAGUUGCGGCCUACCUUCUCGUUACUGCAAAGUCAACUCGACCUCAUACUAAACAAUGAUUUGGAGGUCUUAGACAUGCGGGGUUUCCAAGCUCACUUACAAGUCUACCAUUAUCUUCGAUGAGGCAAUCGGACAAAGGGUCAGCAGUACGUUUGUAAACAAAAAGGGGAGUUUACCCCACCAAAUAAUCGGUAAAAAAAUCUCCCCAAACCCAGCUUUUCCUGCAUGAGACCCCAUGAAAUAGCAAUACAAAUGUCAAAUAAGAAACAUUUCAAAUAAGUCUACAAUCCCGGCCAGAGUGCUUUGGCCACCCAUUCCCAACAUAACAUAACAAUAAACAUUCCCUGUCCACUUCCCUUACAAUUAACAUUCUCUCCCCGUCCCCCGGCUCCCUGCUCAAUGAUGACUAGAAUGCAGAAGACCGUGCAACGAGAGCCAGCAUUGAAAGGGGAAAGGGGGGGGGGGCAACGAGGUAUU